GAUUAUUCCAGCCCCACGAAACCCCCGAGGAAUGGGACCUAAUCAACUUCAUAGUGGGAGCUAUAACCAGGGCAGUGGAGUUACAGAGGGGCAAGAGAGCCUGGAAUAUGCCUGCGGAGCGGAUAGAAUUGAUGGACGAGCCAUUUGAGGAUAUCUGCUAAGAUAGAUCGGUAGGUGUACUCUGUAUGGAAAAGAUUUGUUAUACGGAGUAGUCUCAACCCCCUCCCUCCCCAACAAAUACAUACCUGGGCUGAUUCCAACCCCACCAAAACCAACCCCACUUCUAGUUCUUAAGCAAAAGCAAAAGCUCCCCCUCCCCGUCCCCCUUCUCAUCCAUCCGCCCUUCUCUUUACCAACGAACAUCCUUAUCGUUACUUAUUCAUCAUCUGCAGCCCUUUAAAACCAAAGCAAAGCAAAGAACAAAAUGUCCGCCCCUGCCUUCUUCACCGCUCUCUCCUCCGCCCAGUCCGGCGCCCAGUUCACCCCCGCCGUGCAAAAGGCCUCCCAGGGUAUCGACGUUGAUGCCCUCAAGGCUGCCGUCGAGGCUGUUCUUGCUGGUGGCGACGAUGCCACCGUUGCGGAUGCAAGCCAGGCUGCUGCGUUGAAGGCCGGAUUCGUGUUUGCGACUGAGUUGGUGAAGAUGUUGAACUCGGAGCCUGGCAAUGACGAUAAGUUGAAGCUAUAUGCUUUCUUCAAGAAGUCUAGGAAUGAGACUCCCGCUCAGCCUUCUUUCUAUCAGAUUGAGAGCAAGUACAAGUAUAACGCGUGGAAGGAGAUCGAGCACAUCAGCGAGCAGAGGGCUCAGGCUCAAUAUAUCAAAAAGGUCAACGACCUCAUCGAGUCCAUCGGUACCCAGUAAGAAAGGAUACGGAUAUAUGGCAUGAUAAACAGAGGCUUUUUGGUUACGGGAGGAUAUCUGAUAUGAUAUGAAUAUCGAAUAUGAGU